AUGGAAAAUGAUAGCUCAACUUUCCACACAGGCAGGCCUCGGAGCGGGCGUCAGAGCCAGGUUUUGCAGUCCUCUCGCCUCAGCUGCGGCCCCGCGACCACAAUUCCAGGGGCCCGCCAGGACCCUUCGAGCCCCGACAGCCCGGAAGCGCCUGACCACGCCUACCCACUGCGCCUGCGCGAGGCGCCCCCUCCGGCGAGCGGGGAGACUGGCGCUGGGCGGGCCGAGAGGCUCGUCGCGCCUGCGCGAAGGCCCCGGGGAGCAGCGUCGUUACUUUCCAAACGACUGGCGGGAACCGUUGGAGGCCGUGCGGUCGCCGUCUGGUCUGCCGGGCAGCAGCGCGCUCCCUCGUCCCUAGGCCUGGCCGUGGCGCCGCAGCUCUCCCGCGAGCAGAGGCGGAAAUCGUGGCCCAGUUCUUCUAUUGGUUAUACAAGUGUUCAGUUCAGAAACUGGUGGUAUUCAUCUCAAAUAUUGAAAGCGGUGAAGUCCUUGAAAGGUGGAAGUUUGAUAUUGAGUGCGACAAGACUGCAAAAGAUGACAGAUACAGGCCACAAGACCAUGAAAAGCAGUACUUUCAGAAACUCGGCCUUUUGGCGGUGCGCUGGCACUUGCCAAAACAACCAGUGCACUACUGCACCGUCGGCAAAACCAGGACAGCUCUUUGGAGUUUCCCUCAUGGAUGUCUAUGAUAAUGACAACUUGCCCUUCCCAAUUCUGGAUAUGCUUUCAUUUAUCAAUCAGAAAGGACCACUCACGAAAGGCAUCUUCAGAAAAUCAGGAAGUAGAAAAUCAUGCAGAAUCCUAAAGGAGAAACUAAAUUCUGGGGACAGAGUGAACUUGGACAGCGAAUCUGUUCUUGUGGUAGCAUCUGUUUUAAAGAGCGCAAGGCUUUAUUCCUCCUCCCUCCUCGUUUGGCUCAGUGGUCUUGAGGUACCAUAGGAUUCCAGUGCUCUUUAAAAUGAGUUGAAAAGAACCAACAUCAUUGAGUAAAAAGGACCUGACUUGACUUCAAACCACCUCUCCAGAGUACAAACUCCAGUGCUCCCAUUAAUCAGCUAUAUGACAUUUGACCUAUUACUCAAGCUCAGUAUCAGUUUAUUCAUCCCUAACAUGUGGAUAAAAAUAAUGUCUAAAUCUCAGAUAUGCUGUAAAGAUUAAAUAAGAUAAUGGAUGUAAAAUACGUUUCUAAUAAAGUAAUUAAUAGAACUAGGAGAAGUUCCCCUGAGACUAGAGUGAGUAUUAUUGGAGCCUAGCUGACCACAGCUCUCUGGCAACACCCCAUUUUGUAAAACAGAGUUUAGAUUCAGAACCUGGAGACACAUAUCAUAAAUCCCUCCAUAGUUUUGACAUCUGCAUUUUAUGACACAUACCUCAUUGUGUUGAGGAAAUCUUUAGGGUAACCCACGUCAUUAGGUAUUAAGAUUAGUCUUGUGUCAUGUCUGAGAAUAUGUUGGUAUAAGACAAGUGUUUGUUUUUCAUCAGUGACAUAAAAACAAACUGCUGAAUCCAAGCCACUGAGAGUGAUAGUGAUUUCCAAAAAGGCAAAACUGUAGAAUGCUACAAAGUACCCAUCUGGCAUGGGUCCAUCCAUCUACAUGUCUACAGUUUACUAAGUCACUGAAGACUGGAAUCUCCAUAAUGACGCUUGACGUUUCCUCUUUCUUUAUUUUUCCAAUGAAUGAUAAAUGAACCCCAUCCAACACCCAGCUAUUUCCAUUUAACGUUUUUUCCUUGGUCCCAUAUAUUCAUAUUGAGGAAAUCUUCCCACAAAAUAUCUCCUUUUUCUUCAAUGCCUACCAUAUCCUAUUACAUAUUUUUUGUAUUGUAUUUUAAUGUAUUGUAUUGUACUGUACUGUAUUGUGUUGUAUGUUUUUAUAUGGAUAAUAAAAAUCAUUCCAUAACUCAGUAGGUUAGACAACUAUUUAACUUGGUUAUGAUUCACAUAACACUUCACUGAAGGCUCAAUUGAGGUCACUUGUGCAGUGACCUAAUACUCUAGUUAGCCUGCAGCUCAUCUGGAGCUAACCUAGGUGUCUGUCUAUUGGAGCUGGCUCUCAAUUGGUCCUCAUGUCUUCCAUAAGGUAACUUCUCCUCCUUUCAUAGGGUGGAGGAAGAGUUCCCAGAACCAAAAGAGACUUUUCAAGAGUUAAUGUUUGAGAGGACUGUGCAAAGGACCAUGCCAAAGAUGGUGGUUUACAAGAUGAGGAAGCAUUAUUUCUUGAGACCACACAUCAUAAAACUCAUGGCAGCACCACUACUACACAUACCCUCUCUUCACUGGCUUUUAAUCCUCAGUUCUCUACAACAGCAUUUCCUAAGGGGUAUUCCAAGUAUGGUAGGAAGUAUCUUUGAAGUACUAACUCAUUUUUUUACCUCAGGUAUUCCGUCCCUCAUCCUUCUUCCCAUCUUAAGCUGCCUUAAGAGACAACUAAAUCACCUCCUCAGGGAAUAGAAGAGGAGAAUAUGAGGAAAAGGAAGCUCUUUGUUGCUUAUAAGUCUUAAAGAUUUAGCUUUCUAGGAACCAAAAAUGAUUCAUGGCAUAGAGUAGAAGAUUUUGGUGGCAAACUCAUGGGAAAAGCUCAAAACCACUAGGCAGGUACAUGGGAUAUCUGCACCAUUUCCUGCAUGGAAACCAAAAGGAAGCAGAUAUUCCUCACAGAAUAGCGAGCUGACAUGUCUAAGAAAUAUGGCCCUCUAUGUCCACACAGAGUUUCUUAUACCUCAACAUGGAACAGAUCGGUUAGUAAAAGUAUCUCCAUCAGUCACAGAAUAGUAUGGAAGAAACAGAAAUCCACUGGGUUUGAAAGACAUGCCUCAUCAACAGGCACACAGACCAAUUUCCCAGGUCAAGAGAGCAGUGCCGACACCUCAAUGGCCAUUAGUGUACAUCAAUGACACAGAGCAACCAGAUAAGUGCCACUUCACCAUUUUACAGCCUCCCUGGCACUAGAAGACUCCAGAUCAUAGACACACUCAUGGGGGCAAUUAAGAAAUCCUAAAACUCUAGCAGUCUUGGAACAGAGAACCAAACUAGACAUCAAGUGAGCUGUUUAGAACUACAGAAGUGUAGGUUUCUUACAUAUGCCAGUGUAUAGACAGAGAUUGGUAUCUGUGCAUAUAGAAUAUAUGAUCCAUGCAUUGUUUUCCCAUUCCCAGAAAUGUUCCAUUGUCAAAUUGCUUUGGAAAAUUCAUACUUUCCUUUUGAAAGUCAAAUGCCCCAAAUUUUUCCACAUUUAUUUGACAUUAUUUGACUUUUUUGAAGUGACCCCAAAAAUUAAUCAUCCUGGGGCCAUUUAUUGCCUUGUGCUGAGUAGAAUAUUAUAUAUUUAGUUUAAGAGUCAUAGGCAGCAUCAUUUAUGUUAAAGUUGAGGAAACCGAAGCUUUAAAAUGCUGAGCUUCCUAAGUGGCAGGACCAGGAUGCUUCUGGUGGAGUGCUGGCACCCACAUGAGUGGAGGUGGUGAUGCACUCACUACAUUCCAAAAAAGCCAAGAGGCCAGGUGUUUAAGGUCAUUUGGUGAAAUGUUGCUCAUCUCUUUAUCCUUCAACAGCUUGGCUCAUCUGUUGACUUUUAAGGAAUUCACUUAUUUAAGCAAUGUUAAGGUAUCUUCAAAGGGAAACAUUCAUAGCUGACCACUCAAAACUCUGAAUUAAGCUUUUCACUGCUGAUCACCUUUUCUUUGGAAAGCUCUUCCUUUGAUAGGGAAUGUUGAGUAAUUAAAAAUCAUCUCUGGAAACUGGUGGUAAAUAAAUGCAUUUAUAACCUCUCAU